CGAACGGUGCGACGGGCGGGUUAAGUUGUGGAUGGAACCGAAGGUUUGACCCGAUCCAGAGCACUAUUGGCUCGGGUCGGAGAUGUUGGAGGUGGGAUAGCCCCGGUAACCGUCCCCCGAUGAGACAGCGGGUCGGGGCGGAAGAUAGCCGCACAGCUUGUCUUUAAAAGCAGGGUUUUAGCUCAGAGAACUCGGCUUUCGCUUGGAGCCCUAGCUGCUCUCCUCUUUCUCUCUUGCCCUGUCUAUUUCCAAGAUGAAGCUUGUCAGGUUUUUGAUGAAGCUGAACAACGAGACCGUCUCGAUCGAGCUCAAGAACGGUACCGUUGUUCAUGGCACCAUCACAGGAGUGGAUAUAAGUAUGAAUACUCAUCUGAAGACAGUGAAGCUUACAUUGAAAGGGAAAAAUCCAGUUACCCUUGAUCACCUAAGCGUGAGAGGUAACAACAUUCGGUAUUAUAUCCUUCCUGACAGCUUAAACCUGGAGACUUUAUUGGUUGAGGAAACACCUAGAGUCAAGCCCAAAAAGCCGACAGCAGGGAGACCUUUGGGACGUGGUCGUGGCCGCGGGCGUGGACGAGGUCGUAGCCGUGGCCGUUAGCUGUCACCCUUUGUCGAAUUUUUGCAGCAUCUGCUUUUGUACUAGUAGCCUACUUGCAUGGAGAAUAUCUGAUUAAUGUCCAAGCUUCAGACAAACAGGACUGUUUAUUUGUGGCAAAUUAUCGUUAUGAGGAUCAUGUUCUGGGUUCUUAUCUUUUACCAUUGCCUUGUUCUAAGUGAAAAAGAUUCUUCUGGGAAACAAUGGCAUCAUACAUUGGGACUCGUGGUGUGAUGUGAGUUGAGGCUGCCCCAUAUGGUUGUUUCGUGGCCUUUGUUGACCACGUUGUUGAUUCCCAUUUGCCAUAAGAGAUUGGGUUUGUGCGUU